CUGUAUGUAUCUGCCUCAUGCUCAUGCUCACGCUCACGUUUGUGAUCAUGUUCCUGUUCUUGUCAUAUCUUUCCAGUUCCCUAGUGGACACAAACUGUGAGACGCUGCAGAUGAAGAGACGCCAGCGGUCACUGAAUGACCUCAUCGACAUAAAGAAUCUCAUCACAUGACCUCGAUGGAUGACAUCAUGACAUCAUUCACCACUGAGGACCCAUCCUCCCUUAGCCCCUCGCCCACCUACGAUGACUAUGACUACCCUGACCUGAUGUGUGACCGAGAGUCUGUGCGGGAGUUCAGGGGUCGAUAUGAGCCGCCGCUCUUUUGGAUGAUCGCCCUGGUGGGCGGAGCUGGCAACCUGGCCGUGGUAUGGAUCUACCUGAACUUCCGGCGGCGACUUAAGACCAUGACGGACGUGUACCUGCUGAACUUGGCAGUGGCAGACCUGCUGUUCCUCAUCACGCUGCCACUGUGGGCGGCCGAGGCGUCACAUGGCUGGUCCUUCGGCUCUGCUCUCUGCAAGGUGAACUCUGCCCUCUACAAGCUGAACCUGUUCAGCAGCAUGCUACUGCUCACCUGCAUCAGCAUGGACCGCUACGUGGUCAUCGUGCAGGCUACCAAGGCGCAAAACUCGCAGGGGGAGCGCCGCCGCUGCAGCCUGCUGGUGUGUGGCGGGGUGUGGCUGCUCGCCCUGCUGCUCGCCAUGCCCGAGCUCGUGUUCGCCACCACCGCUGAAGCAGGCUCGCAGCAGUACUGCAGGAUGGUCUUUCCUCCUAACCUGGGCAACAACACCAAGAUCCUGGUGCUGUCACUGCAGGUGAGCAUGGGCUUCUGCCUGCCCUUCAUCGUCAUGGCCUUCUGCUACAGCGUCAUCGUCACCAAGCUGCUCAGGACCCGGAACUUCCAAAAGCACAAGGCCAUGCGUGUCAUCCUGGCUGUGGUGGUGGUGUUCGUUGUGUCACAGCUGCCCUACAACGGCGUGCUGGUGAUGGAGGUGACGCAGGCGUCCAAUGUCACCAUGACAGACUGUGAGGACGUGAAGCGCUUCGACAAGGUGGGGCAGGUGCUGAAGAGUCUGGCCUACAUUCAUGCUUGCCUCAACCCCUUCCUCUACGUGUUCGUGGGCUCGCGUUUCCGCCGCGAUGUGCUGCAUCUGCUGAGCAUCUGCCGCUGCCAGACGGCCAAAAAGAGUCCGCUGAAUAAGCCGUUCAGGAGCCCGCUGAGCUCCACCCGAGCCUCUGUGAUGUCAGAUAGCGACACCUCACAGGCGCUGUCGCUGUAGAGACACCAUCCGCUGCUACUGCCUGUUUCUGCUGCCGCUCAACAGAUGACAUCAUCACUUCUCCAGGACCCUUACACUUCAUCUGUUCUUUAAGGGCUUCCAAAAUCAAAGUGCUUGUAGGAGGUAUAGAUUUUCAAAUUUAAAGACAAGUGAAGGAUGACAUUAAAGGUCCUGUAUCAAUUUCAGGACUUUCCCAGGGCUUUUCCAGGACUUUCGCAGGACUUUCCCAGGGCUUUUCCAGGACUUUGUAUAUUGAAUGUGAAUGUGCCCCUUUAUAGACACACAUUGUUUUUUAAGCUGCUGUUGUUGGAGUUUGGAUGAAAUAUAUGAAUGUGAUCUUCUCUCAGUCUGCUGUUUGUUUGAUCAUUUAUAAAGGAGGGAAGCUUAUCUGCACUGCUAACAGAUGCUAGCAGAUGCUAACUUGACCUUUCUGUGAAUAUUUCUCUCUCUGAUGGUGUUCAUAGUUUUCUGUCUCUUUAUGUUUUCAUGUGUUACAAACAUUAAAGUGUGUGUGAAACAUG